AUGGACUCACUAGACACAGCAACUGCACAGUUUGGGUUUGAUCUUUUCAAAGAGCUGGAUAAAACAAAUGAUGGCAACGUCUUCUUUUCCCCUGUGGGCAUCUCAACAGCCAUUGGCAUGAUCCUCCUGGGGACCCGGGGAGCCACUGCCACUGAGUUACAGAAGGUACUUUACUCUGAAAAAGACACAGGAAGCUCCAGAAUAAAGUCUGCAGAAAAUGAGGUGGGACAUAAGACAGAAGAAAUACAUGACCGAUUCCAAAAGCUUUUGACUGAAAUAAGCAAAUUCUCUAAUGAUUAUGAACUGAACAUAAGCAACAGGCUGUUUGGAGAGAAAACAUACCUCUUCCUUCAAAAAUACAUAGAUUAUGUUGAAAAAUAUUACCAUGCAUCUCUGGAGCCUGUUGAUUUUGUAAAUGCUGCAGAUGAAAGUCGAAAGAAGAUUAAUUCCUGGGUUGAAAGCCAAACAAAUGAAAAAGUCAAGGACCUAUUUCCAGAAGGCUCCUUCAGCAGUUCCACCAAGCUGGUGCUCAUUAAUACAGUUUAUUUUAAAGGCCGGUGGGACAGGGAGUUUAAUAAAGAACAUACCAAGGAGGAGGAAUUCUGGCUGAAUAAGAACACAAGUAAACCUGUUCAGAUGAUGACUCAGUGCAGCUCCUUCAGUUUCACCCUCUUAGAGGAUCUUCAGGCCAAAAUUGUGGGGAUUCCAUAUAAAAACAGUGAUCUCAGCAUGUUCGUGCUCCUGCCCAAUGACAUAGAUGGUCUGGAGAAGAUAAUUGAUAAACUGUCUCCUGAGAAGUUGGUAGAAUUGACUAGCCCUGGACACCUGGAGCAAAGGAAGGUGGACCUGCGUCUGCCCCGCAUGCAGGUGGAGGAGAGCUAUGAACUGGAGCCCGUGCUGAAAGGUAUGGGCAUGCUCAGUGCCUUCAGCGAGAAUGCGGACUACUCAGGAAUGUCUGCACGCUCAGGUCUGCACGCCCAGAACUUUCUGCACAGAUCCUUCCUGGUGGUAACGGAGGACGGUGUCGAGGCCACUGCGGGCACCGGCAUGGGCUUCGUGGUCUCAUCAGCUGCAGACUGCGAACUUGUGCACUGUAACCACCCGUUUUUGUUCUUCAUCAGGCACAGAGAGUCGGACAGCAUCCUCUUUUUCGGCAAGUUUUCUUCUCCUUGA